AUGGCGGAGAGCCCGGGGCGGCCCCCGGAGAGCAGCGAUGUCCCGCGGGAGGGAGCUCGGCCCGGGCUGUGCCCCGAGGGGGCGGCCGAGCCCCCGGACGGGCCCGCGGAGCGGCCGCGGCUGAGCGCGGAGGGGGCGCCCGGGGACAGCGGCUCCCCCGAGGCGAGCGGGGACAGCGCGGGGCACGAGGGGCGGCCGGGCGGGGAGCCGGGGGUGACGGACGGGCCCGAGGCGGGCAGGGCAGAGCCCGAGGGAGAGGCGGGGGCAGCGGCGGAGCCUGAAGGGGCAGCCUCGGGGGGAAUGGAGCCCGAGGACGCGGCUGAGAGCCCGGCGGGGACGGCGCAGGAAGAGGCGGCCCCGGCAGCGACAGAGCCCGAGGACGGAGCCGCGGCCCCGGCAGGGACGGAGCCCGAGGGCGCAGGGGCUGCUCCGACGGGGACGGAGCCCGAGAAAGCGGCAGCGGCGGGGACGGAGCCUGAGGGAGAGGCGGUGGCACCGGCGGGGACGGAGCCCCAGGUGAGAGAGGCGGUGAGGGAGGAAGGCCCGGCGGAGAGAGAGCCCCAGGAGGCGGCCGCGACUGUCCCGGCAGAAGCAGAGCCUGAGGAGGCUGCGGCGACAGCCCCGGCAGGGACAGAGCCCGGGGAAGGAGAGGGGACAGCGCCAUCGAGGGCAGAGCCCGGGGAAGGAGAGGGGACAGCGCCAUCGAGGGCAGAGCCCGGAGGGGCGGUGGGACAGGCGGCCCCAGAGGGGACAGAGCCCGAGGACGCUGUGGCGACAGCCCCGUCCGGGACAGAUCCCGAGGAAGCUCCGAGGGAGGCGGCCCCGACGGGGACAGUCGCUGAAGAUGCGAUGCAAGAGGCAGCCCCGACGGGGACAGAGCCCGAGGAGGCCGCGGGGACAGCUCCAGAGGGGACAGUCCCCGUGGAUGCAGUGCAGGAGGCAGCCCCGGCUGAUGUGACAAUUCCCGAGGAUGCGGUGCAGGAGGCAGCCCCGGCUGAUGGGACAGUCCCCCAGGAGGCGCUGGGGACAGUCCCGAAGGAUGAGCCGCAGGAAGCAGCUCAGGCAGGGACAGUUCCUGAGGAGGGGGCGGCCCCGCUGGGGACAGUCCCCAAGGGUGAGGGGCAGGAGGCAGCUCAGGCAGAGACAGUCUCUGAGGAGGGGCUGGGGACAGUCCCCGAGGAUGCGGCGCAGGAGAGAGCUCCAGCAGGGACAGUGCCUAAGGAUGAGGGGCAGGAAGAAGCCCCGGCAGGGACAGUCACCCAGGAGGCGUUGGGGACAAUUCCCAAGGAUGCGGUGCAGGAGGCAGCUCCAGCAGGGACAGUCCCCAAGGAUGAAGAGCAGGAGGCAGCUCCGGGUGAUGUGACAGUCCCCAAGGAUGUAGUCCUGACAGGGACAGCCCCUGAAGAUGCGGUGCAGGCGGCAGCCCCGGAUGAUGUGACAAUUCCCAAGGAUGCGGUGCAGGAGGCAGCUCCAGCAGGGACAAUCCCCAAGGAUGAAGCGCAGGAGGCAGCCCCAGAUGAUGUGACAGUCCCUGAGGAGGCAGCUCCGGGUGAUGUGACAGUCCCCAAGGAUGCUGUCUUGGGUGAUGUGACAGUCCCUGAGGACACGGUCCCAGGUGAUGUGACAGUCCCCGAAGAUGCUGUCCCAGCAGGGACGGUCCCCGCGGAUGCUGUCCCAGGUGAUGUUACAGGCCCUGAGGACACUGUCCCAGGUGAUAUGACAGUCCCCAAGGAUGCUGUUCCAGAUGAUGUGACAGUCCCCGAGGAUGCAGCCCCAGAUCAUGUGACAGUCCCCGCGGAUGCUGUCCCAGCAGGGACGGUCCCUGCGGAUGAUGUCCCAGGUGAUGUGACAGUCCCCGAGGAUGCAGCCCCAGAUCAUGUGACAGUCCCCGUGGAUGCUGUCCCAGAUGAUGUGACAGUCCCAAAGAAUGCUGUCCCAGAUGAUGUGACGGCCCCCGAGGAUGCUGUCCCGGCUGAUGUGACAGUCCCCGCGGAUGCUAUCCCGGCUGAUGUGACAGUCCCCGCGGAUGCUGUCCCGGGUGAUGUGACAGUCCCCGAGGAUGCUGUCCCAGCAGGGACGGUCCCCGCGGAUGCUGUCCCAGCAGGGACGGUCCCCGAGGAUGCUGUCCCAGGUGAUGUGGCAGUCCCCGCGGAUGCUAUCCCGGGUGAUGUGACAGUCCCCGAGGAUGCAGCCCCAGCAGGGACGGUCCCCGAGGAUGCUGUCCCGGGUCCUGUGACAGUCCCCGAGGAUGCUGUCCCGGGUCCUGUGACAGUCCCCGAGGAUGCAGCCCCAGCAGGGACGGUCCCCUCGGAGGGCAGCGCGGACGCUCCCCAGAGCCGCGGGGCCCUGCCCGGCUGUCCCCGGUCCCCGGGCGGCCCCGGUGCCGAGGCGGAGGCGGAGCGGGCACCGGCAGCCCCGGCGGGGAGCGGAGCCCCGGGCCCCGAGAGCGGCUGGGAGCGGAGCCUGAACGGGGAGCGGGAGCGGGAGCAGCUCCGGGAGGACGGGACGGGCUCGCCGGGCGCCCCGGAGGAGCAGGAGGAGGAGGAGGAGGAGGAGAAGCAGGACCACGACAUCUCCCUCUUCGUCAAGGCUGGCAGUGAUGGGGAAAGCAUUGGGAACUGCCCGUUCUCUCAGCGCCUCUUCAUGAUCCUGUGGCUCAAAGGUGUCAUUUUUAAUGUCACAACCGUGGAUCUGAAAAGAAAACCUGCAGACCUGCAGAACCUGGCCCCGGGCACCAACCCCCCGUUCAUGACCUUCGAUGGGGAGGUGAAGACUGACGUGAACAAGAUUGAGGAGUUCCUGGAGGAGAAGCUGGCGCCGCCCCGGUACCCCAAACUUGCACCGAAGCACCCCGAGUCGAACUCUGCAGGAAAUGAUGUCUUUGCAAAAUUCUCUGCAUUUAUAAAGAACCCGAGAAAAGAUGCAAAUGAAAAUUUGGAAAAAUCUUUGCUUAAAGCCCUGAAGAAGCUGGACAACUAUUUAAAUAGCCCCCUGCCAGAUGAAAUCGAUGCUUACAGCAGGGAGGAGAUCGCUGCUUCCAGCCGGAAAUUCCUGGACGGGGAUGAGCUCACUUUAGCAGAUUGCAACCUCCUGCCAAAGCUCCACAUCAUCAAGGUCGUUGCAAAAAAAUACCGAAAUUUUCACUUCCCACCUGAAAUGACAGGGAUUUCCAGAUACUUGAAAAAUGCAUAUGCAAGAGAUGAAUUCACAAACACGUGCCCUGCUGACCAGGAGAUUGAAUAUGCUUACUUGGACGUGGCAAAGAGAAUGAAGUAACCUGAAGAUGCCUCUGUUUGUUGCUUCUGUGAUGGACAACAGCCAAGCUGGAAAAGCACAAACCAGCAGAGAUUCUGCAGUGUGAUUUUAA